AUGUCGUCGGCAACAUUCACACAAACGAGAACGUUUGCUCAGAACCUUGAAAAGCAGACAGAACAGCUUCUAAGCCGUUUUUCGAAGAUCCAGUCUGGUGGUGUUUCAGUGGACCCUUCUGAGGAGGAAACCACUGUGGCCACAUCAAUCAUUGAAAUCCUUGAUAAGAGAGAUGAAGUUGUGGGAAGACUCAAUCGUCUACUGGAGAGUGACGUGAACAUUUCCACGUCCAAGCUUCAGCAGUUACAGAGACACAAGGAGGUGUUGGCAGACCACAAGGGCUCCUUCAAUAAGAUCCAAGGCCGAAUCACGGAGGAAAGAAACAGAAACAAUUUGCUUUUCACCAUCAGAUCAGACAUUUCCGCCCAUAAACAGAGGGAGAUUUCGCUGGGGCCAGAUAGCGAGAACAACUAUAUAUUAGACGAGAGAGCCAGGGUGGAUAACGCCAACUCCUUUGCCGAUAGACUCCUCCAACAAGCGUAUGAAACAAGAGACGAGCUUUACAGUCAACGUGUGCAGUUGCAGAAUGCAGCCACUAGAGUUCUGGGAACGUUGCAGAAUAUUCCUGGCAUCAAUGUGUUGAUUUCGAAGAUCAACACUAGAAGAAAGAGAGAUACGUUGAUUAUGGGCUUUGUCAUUGCAUUUUGUAUUAUUGGCCUUUUCUUCCUCGCCUAA